GUGACAGUACGCCACAACCUCAUUUGAAAACAAAUUGACAACUUGGUAGAAGUUGGAAGUAUAUGGACUAAAGAUGACGACCCCUGCAGCACCCGUACCCGCUCCCGCGCCUAAAAGAGGUAUCGUAAAACAGAUACUCUCUGGUGAUUCUAUUAUUGUAUGUGGAUUCGUCGGGGCCCCUCCACCGGAAAAACAACUCGCUUUCUCUGGAAUUACUGCCCCCAAGUUGGCCCGGAGACCUGGAGGACCAGCUGAGACCUCUGGUGAAACUAAAGAUGAACCAUGGGCUUGGGAAGCAAGAGAAUAUUUAAGAAAGAAACUGAUCGGCAAAGAGAUCCUCUUUACCUCUGAGAAACCACCAAAUUCCACUAGAGAGUAUGGAGUUGUUUACUUAGGGAAAGAUAUUGCCACUGGUGAAAAUAUUACUGAGUCUUUGGUAUCUGAGGGUUUAGUUACUGUGAGAAGAGAGGGUGUGAGACCAACCCCCGAGCUGACUAGACUUUGGGAGCUUGAAGAUGAAGCGAAACGUCAAGGAAAAGGGAAAUGGGGCAGCAGUCCAUCAUCGGAACACGUGAGAGACGUGAAAUGGUCCAUGGACAACAUUAGAGCCUUCGUCGAGAAAAACGAGAACAAACCGUUCAAAGCGAUCAUCGAACACGUGAGAGACGGUUCGACGGUUCGUGCCUUUUUAUUGCCGGAUUUCCACUAUAUCACUUUGAUGAUCGCCGGGAUCAGGUGCAACGGCUUCAAACUGGACGACCAAGGCAGACCGGAUCCCACCCAAAAAGUCGAAUACGCCGAAGAAGCUAAAUAUUACGUGGAAAAGAGACUUUUGCAACGCGAAGUCGACAUCGUUCUAUGUUCCUCCAAUAACAGCAACAACAUGAUCGGCUCCAUUCUGCACCCUAAGGGCAACAUCGCUGAAAGUUUGGUUCGUGAAGGAUUAGCAAAAUGUGUCGAUUGGUCGUUGGCCUCCUUAUCCUCGGCCGAUAUCCAGAAACUCCGUCAAGCCGAAGCUCAAGCGAAGAGCGAGAAGAAACGCAUCUGGAAAGACUACCAAGCAAAAGCUCCUCAAAUAACCGGCAAAGAGAAGGAAUUCGCCGCUACCGUGGUGGAAGUGGUGAAUGGUGACGCCCUUCAAGUUAAAUUGCCCAACGGUAGUGUGAAAAAGGUGUUUUUGGCUAGCAUCAGACCCCCCAGGGAGGCUGGUAAAGCCGGGCAAGAUGACGAGGGUAAACCCAUUCCAAGACCGAAAGGUUUCAGACCCCUUUAUGACAUCCCGUGGAUGUUCGAAGCUCGCGAAUACCUGAGAAAGAAACUUAUUGGCAAGAAAGUGCACGUGGUCAUCGAUUACAUCCAAGAAGCCAGGGACAAUUUCCCCGAAAAAACUUGCGCCACCGUCACCAUCAAUGGAAAGAAUGUAGCCGAGGCUUUAGUAUCAAAAGGUCUGGCAACGGUGGUCAGGUACAGGCAAGACGACGAUCAAAGAAGUUCGCGUUACGACGAAUUGAUCAAGGCCGAAAAUAAAGCGGAAAAAUCACAGUUGGGGGUGCAUUCUAAAAAGGACGGCGCUCCGUUGAGAGUAACGGAAAUCGACGCUGCCAGAGCUAAACUGGAACUGGCAUCGUUCCAAAGGGCCCAAAGGAUCGACGCUAUCGUUGAAUUUGUCGCCAGUGGGGCCAGACUGAGGCUGUACAUUCCCAAAACCAACAGUUUGGCCACAUUCUUGCUAGGUGGUAUUAACUGUCCUAGAGCCGCAAGGGCAGCCACCGGCACGUUACCGGCCUCAGAAGGUGAAGAAUACGGCGACGAAGCUUUACUGUUCACCAAAGAACGUUGCUUGCAAAGGGAAGUUUCCAUUCAGGUCGAUACACACGACAAAGCCGGCAACUUUAUCGGUUGGUUAUGGAUCGACAACUUGAACAUGUCAGUGGAAUUGGUCAGGGCCGGAUUCGCCUCCGUUCAUUUUACCGGCGAGAAAUCUUCGUACGCAUCCCAGUUGAAACAAGCAGAGGAUAGUGCCAAGAAUCAGAAACUGAGACGGUGGAAAAACUACGUCGAGGAGGCGCCGCAACAAGUGAACGUCGAGGAGGAAAAGCAACCCGUCGAAAGAAAAGUGAACUACGAAGAGGUAGUGGUGACCGAAGUGACGAACGAGGGCACCUUCUUCGUACAAAGGAUAUCCGAGGGCCCUAAGGCGGAAGCCCUAUUUGCCAAGUUGAGGCAAGAGUUCGACGCUAAUCCACCGCUACCCGGAGCAUACAAUCCUAAAAAGGGAGAUAUUUGCGCCGCUAAGUUCACCCUGGAUGAUAAUUGGUACAGGGUAAAAGUAGAAAAGGUUGCGGGCGGUAAAGUACAAGUCCAUUACAUCGACUACGGAAACCGGGAAACCUUACCGACAACGAGAUUAGCCAGUUUACCAGCCGCUUAUUCCGCCGAUAAACCGUUUGCCACCGAAUAUCACAUGCCUUACGUUCUUUUGCCAAAAGAUGAAGAAUUAAAAGAUAUAGCCCUGAAAUACCUGAGGGAGGACACCAACGUUGCCAAACUGUACCUCAAUGUGGAAUUCAGACCGGCCGGUCAACCACCGUCCGCUACGUUACACAAGGACCAAUCCGGCACCACCGACAUUAUCAGGGGAUUGAUCGCGGAGGGAUUGUUGAUGGUCGAAACAAUUAAGAGUCGAAGGACAAACAAAUUGUUGGAAGAUUAUAGAGCGGCCCAAGACGAAGCGAAAAAGGGUCAUUUGAACAUGUGGGAGUACGGAGACAUUACCGAGGAUGACGCCAAGGAGUUCGGUCUUGGAAAGUAAUUAUCCAUCGUUUUGGGACCAGUAUAUUAACGAAGCAGCAGAGCUACCUGUUUGUUUAGAACCUAUAAGACUUAUUUUUAAUUUUUAAUAUUGUGUUUUUUUGUUUUUCUGGGAAAAAUUAUGCCUGAUAUAGUGAAAUGUCACGAAUAUUGUUUCACGGUGCAAUCCUUUAUAAAUAAAUUAAAAUAUAUUUAACGCACCCAAUUUUUAUUAUUUUUAUUAAUUAAUUAAUUGACUUCCAUAUUUAAUUCAUCGCAUCUACAUAUUGUAUUUAUGUAAUUCACGUUAUAUUGUAUAUUUUGAGAUUUAUAUAAUUUUUUUUUCUUUAUUUAUUCCGAUUGUUAUAUACACAAGUCCGAGGAAAUUAUUUUAUAUUAAGAUAGUGCGAUUCAAGGUGUAUACAUUAAAUUUUUUAUAUUAUACAAGGUUGUGGAGGGAUACGAAGUUAGACAAGGAACCUUUAAAAAGCAUGUGAUUUUUUUGAGGUGUUUUGUAUGUGUUUGUAAUCAAAUUGUGGUAGGGAGAGGCUCUGUUUAUAAACAAAUAAAGCUGUUUAUUAAAUA